AUAUUUUUUGAUUGCUAUUGUUACAAUUGUCAUUGUUCCUCUUUUUCUUACUUCUUCUAUCAAAUCUGCCAGCGUUCACAGAGACUAUCGAAAGCCUCUGUUAAUUACAACUCAUAUAUGGCAAAGCCUGUUCAAAGAAAAAAGCAACAGACGCCAGCCUCAAAGAGGCAACAACAACAAACAGCAGCAGCAUCUUCUUCCAACUCUUCCGAUGCUACUAACGAAAUCACUGAAUUGAAUCCCAAGACUACUCAUUAUGAAUUCGGUGGUCCCAUUGGCGCAUUAGGCAUGAUAACUUUCUUGCCACUUCUUGUUUUGUUUUUUUCCACCUGUUGUGAUUCCACCGGCUACCCUUCCAAAGCAUUUAUGGAAGAUCCUAAGGGCACCAUUUUAUCAAAAAUGACUUUAUACUAUCUCUAUUCCAUGAUCGAUCCUUCGGCUUUUCUCGUUUAUACGGCAUUUGUAGCUAUUUUGGCUCUUUUUUAUGCUGUUUUGCCUGGUGAUUUAGUGCCCGGUACAGAGUUGAGAAACGGUAAAAGACUCAAAUAUCGAAUGAAUGGUUUUAGAUCGUUCCAUACGUUCAUUUUUGCUGCAAUCUAUUUCUUGAAGAGUACAGGUCUCAAGCCUCUUGAAUAUGCCUAUGAUCAUUAUAUUGGAUUGGCUUUCGCAUCUAUUGUUUUCAGUUAUGCUAUCUCAUUGGCCGUUUAUCUUGGAAGUUUCGGCCGAGACAAGUUACUAGCCCUUGGAGGUAACUCGGGUAAUCCCAUUUACGAUUUUAUGAUUGGUAGAGAAUUAAACCCUCGUGUUGGCAGUUUCGACAUCAAGUUUUUCACGGAGCUUCGUCCUGGAUUGAUCGGUUGGCUUGUGCUCAACUAUUGUUUAGCUGCUAAACAAUAUCGCGACCUCGGAUAUCUUUCUAAUAGUAUGGUUCUCGUUCAAUUCUUUCAAUCUUGGUAUGUUAUCGACUCACUCUGGAAUGAAGAAGCUGUUUUGACUACAAUGGAUAUCACUACAGAUGGUUUUGGUUUUAUGCUCGCAUUCGGUUUGUAUACUUGGGUACCUUUUACCUACACCCUUCAAGCACGCUAUCUAGUCGAUUUCCCUCGAAGCAUUAGCUGGGCUGAAUUUUGCGGUAUCCUUGCCUUGAAUUUCCUAGGAUAUUAUAUCUUCAGAAGUGCUAAUUCACAAAAGAAUGAGUUCCGUUCCAAUCCCAAUAGUCCCCAAUCCAAAAAACUCAAAUACAUUCAAACUAAGAGAGGCAGCAAAUUAAUCACUUCAGGAUGGUGGGGCGUUGCUCGCCAUAUCAACUACCUUGGCGAUUGGCUCAUGUCUCUAUCCUGGAGUCUACCAUGUGGAUUUGGCUCACCUAUUCCAUACUUUUAUCCUGUCUAUUUUGCAGUUCUUUUAAUCCACCGUGAAAAAAGAGACGAUCAUAAAUGUAGAACUAAGUAUGGUGAAGAUUGGGAAAAAUAUUGUAGGAUUGUGAAAUAUAAGAUCAUUCCUGGUAUCUACUAAUAUACUGAACUCAUAUGAGUCAGAUGCUGAAAGUACCUUAAACAAACUUAUAUAUGCUAUUUUUAAUUCUGUAAAAGUGAUACUAAAUUGAUUGUCCUCUCUAUACUACAAGCUUAAACUAUUCCCUCCAACUUUUUGGUAGCUAAUCCGCCAUUGAGUGGAUAACUCAAACUAUUAAUGCAGCCGUUAAUAUAUAACCAUUAUCAGAAUGUUUUACGUCUAUAAUUUUAAUCCGUAGUCAACCCAAAUUCUGACUAAGCUAGACGGAUGCUGAACAGUGAGUAGAUCUGAGUAUUUGAUCUAGAGCUUUUACCUCAAACUAGGCUUUCUCAACCUCAUGAUGGCGAUUGAGAAAAAAGAUAUCAAACUGAUUGAAAAGAUCAAAGAUGCAAAGCAAUUAAUAGCAAAAUGGCUACAAAUCAUAGGAAUCUUAAUG